GUGCGCAGCCGCAGAGUGCCGAAGCCUUGCCCGCUAGCCCAGGCGCUGCGCAUUUGCCAGCCAGUCCGCCCGUCCGGAGCCCGGCUCGCUGGGGCAGCAUGGCGUGGUUGCCACUGCUCGGCGGGCCGCGGGCCGGGGGCGUAGGCCUUUUGGUGCUGCUGCUGUUGGGCUUACUUCGGCCGCCCCCCGCGUUCUGCGCACGGCCGGGAAAGGAAACCCGCGGCCUGGGCACAGCCUCGUCGCCCGUGGUCGAGGCUGGCGCUCCCCGCCGCUUCCGGCGAGCAGUGCCCCGCGGCGAAGCGGCUGGGGCAGUGCAGGAGCUGGCGCGGGCGCUGGCGCACCUGCUGGAGGCGGAAAGGCAGGAGCGAGCGCGGGCGGAGGCGCAGGAGGCCGAGGAUCAGCAAGCGCGCGUCCUGGCGCAGCUGCUGCGCGCCUGGAGCACACCCCGCACUAACGACCCCGCGCAGGGCCUGGAGGACGACCCCGACGCGCCCGCCGCGCAGCUAGCCCGCGCCCUGCUCCGCGCCCGCCUGGACCCUGCCGCCCUCGCGGCCCAGCUCGUCCCCGCCCCUGCCCCUGCCGCUGCUCUCAGACCCCGGCCCCCAGUCUACGACGACGGCCCCACGGGCCCCGAAGCAGAGGACGCCGGCGACGAGACGCCAGAUGUGGACCCGGAGCUGCUGAGGUACUUGUUGGGGCGGAUCCUGGCGGGAAGCGCGGACCCCGAGGCUGUGGCUACCCCACGCCGGCUCCGCCGCGCUGCGGACCAAGACCUGAGCCGGGAAAUGCCCCCUGAGGGUGUGCUGGGGGCCCUGCUGCGGGUGAAGCGCCUGGAGAACCCUUCACCCCAGGCGCCGGUGCGCCGCCUCCUUCCCCCCUGAGCAACGCCUGAACCCUGCGCACCCGCAGGCCCACCCUACCCCAACUUCCCACCUGCUCCCUGUCGGCACACUGAGAGCGGCUUUCCCCGUCAGCCACAGUUGCUGCUCUCGAACCCCAAGAUCCUCGCCCUUGCCCCCGCAAUAAAUGCGAUCUGAAGCAGCUA